CUGUGGACAGCCUAAUCAUCAGACCAAAACAGCACAAACUCUGAGAGAAGUGAGACUGUGGCAACACUGCAAGCAACUUGGAAAGCUUCAGCUCUGAGAACUAGGAAGCAUCUGUAGAAUUUCAGCCCUCAUCUCAAGUUCUCAGUGUUUAGAGUUGUAUUUUUGGACCAUUUUUAUUCCGUUUCUCCCUUUUCAACCGAGAUGGAUUCUGACGCUGGCUCCACCUGCAGCCGCUCCUCAUCCCCAGACCUGGUGGUGGAUGACUCAGCAGGGAGCUUCUUCUCCAACAAGAUGUUCCAGACGUACUGCCAAGAAAACAGAGUGGACAGCGAGGCCGGCCAGCGGUGCAGCGGGGGCGGUAAGACCAAGACCAGGUCUGAGCUCAGCAAGGAAGAAAUGCAGGACCUGAGGCUCAAAGUCAACAGUCGGGAGAGGAAAAGGAUGCACGAUCUGAACCAGGCGAUGGACGGCCUGAGAGAGGUCAUGCCCUACGCUCACGGCCCCUCGGUCCGCAAGCUGUCAAAGAUCUCCACCUUGCUGUUAGCCCGCAACUACAUCCUCAUGCUGUCCAGCUCUUUGGAGGAGAUGAAGAAGCUAGUGGGGGAUGUUUACGGGGGCAGUGCAGCCGUGCAGAGCCGCACCGCUGCCCACCCUGCCGCUCACCCUGUUGCUCACCCCGCUAUCACCACUACAGCCCCCACAGCCCACCUCCCUCUGCAUCCUCUGGCCCAGUCCCUGCACUCUCUGGUGGGCAGCACGUCUUCCACUCUCCAGCAUCACUCAGCUUCUCCUUCUUCAGCCCCAGCCCCGCACUCCCCUCCUUCCGCCAGCUUCCUGGGUUUUCACGCUCCAGUCCAGGGCCUUCUGAAGGACCCCCUCCACCUGACCAGCUCCUACAGGCACUUCCCCGGCAUGCCCUGCCCCUGCUCACUCUGCCAGCCUUUGCCCACCACUACCUCCACACUGCACAGCCUGUCUAUGAACAAGUGAGUGGGGCUGUCUUAGAACUGACCUCUGCUGCUUGAAUCAACACAAUGAACUGAAUCACAGAAGACUGUUAAACAAACUGCAAAAACGAUGGCUGGUGCCACAAUGUGUAUAUAUUGUAUAUAUAUCUUC